CCAAGUAUUCUUUUUCUUGUUUGUUUGCCGUUGUGGCGAUUGAUUGGAGGAGCAGAAGAAAUCAGAGUUCUAACCUAAAUCACCAGUUUUACCGAUAUGGGGGGCUCUCAGAGCACGAGAAAUAUUAGCGUCGUUAAUGAAAACGAAGACAAUGUCAUCAAAGUGUCCGAUGGCGUCGUCCGACGACUCUUCGGAGACGAGUCUGCUGCCUCCGCCGGUGGUGCCGUAGAAAACCAGAAUCAGUCUGCCCCUGCCGCAGUAGCCGCGCAACCAGCAUAUAUCCCAGGAUACAACCCCAUUAGCACAGCUCAGGUGCGGAGAGAAGUCCUGGCAGCCAAGGAUGAAUCGGACAAGUAUUGGACGAAGCGAAUCAGCUCCUUAGUAGAGGCCCAGGAAAGAUCCAAAAAGUAUUCUGAGAGUGAAUAUGAAAAAGCUUUGAAUGAGGUUAAAACUAUCUUCAAAACUCACAAUACUGUACACUAUGAGAGUCCCUGUAAAGAUAUUGAAGGUUCACUCUCCAAAUGCUAUAGUGAAAAUUCAUCUAAGUCUUUGAAUUGCGCUGCUCAAGUACAGGCCUUUUCUGAAUGUGUACAGCUGAAACACAAUAACAUGUCAAAAGCAAGGACAUAGGCACCCAAGUUCACAUCUCUGUAGGCUAUUUUUAACAGUUUUUGGAGAAAUGAAGCGUUCUAAACCAUUUUUUGUUUUUUUGCAGUCAACAAUUCUAAGCUGUUUAUUGAAUUUUUAGACCCAUAUAUUUGAUCUAUCAUGUUACUCUCAGAAGCAACACUAUGGGCCUUUCCCUUUGAUAGGGUUUGUUCUUUGUUAUUGAUACCCUGUAAGGGCCCUUUGGAUUAAUUGUAAUGCCUUACUUUUUUGUGACCUACCUUCACUUGUAAUUGUCAAUAAAAAAAAGUUAUAUUUUCA